GAACAUAAGACAAAAACCUUCCAAAUUUCCUUCUCCUCCCCCCACCAAAUUUCCAAUUCCAUUACCACCCUUUAGUUAAUCAAUUCUGAGUUCCUCGAGAAGAGAGGAGUCCCUCUUGCACCAAAGAAUUCCCCAGGAAACAGUCAAAAUCUCUCGUGUUUCCGUGUCACAUGUGGCACCGCCCGGAGAACAUUUGCCAUUGUGACUUCUUCCUUCCAUGUCCAGUGCUCUCACCACUGCACAUGGACCAGAGCUGCUUCUAGGGUUUUCCCUUGCAGUUGCAUCUGAAAUCAUGACCAAAUCCCAUAGAAUUGCUAAAGGGUUCCUGGCUGUUUUGCUCUGUUUCACAGAACCAGAUUUAUCUCCUGCUUGCAAAAUGGGUUUGAAUAAUAAUAAUGAGAGUGUUGAGGCCAUUUGAGCAGACUGUAGGUGCAGAGAAUGUUGUUAGAGCUUUGAGGCUGACAGCUGAGGGACCAUUUCUGCAGAGCUUGCAAGGCCAAAUGUCUCUGGCCAUGUGUCCUGUGAGCAGCCCCCAGCUGGCAGAGCAAUGGGCUGUGGGAAUGGCACUUGCUGAGCUCUGGUGUCCCAUCCCAAGGCAGUUUGGCCCAGCCCGGCUCCGUCGCUCCAAACAGACUCGCUCCGUGUUUGCUGUGGCCUCCUGCCACAGACUCCUGCAGUUAAAGGGCUGCCAUGUCCCUUCAGGUGGCCAUAAAGAAAAUGAGUCUCAAAGGGCAGAACGGGGAACGAGCUGUGAAUGAGAUCCUGCUCCUGAAGGACAAGAAGAACCCCAACAUUGUCAACUCUUUGGACAGCUUCCUUGUUGAUGGAGAUCUCUGGCUGGUGAUGGAGUACAUGGAUGGAGGAACUUUGCAGGACGUUGUCAGACAGACACGCAUGGCUGAAGGAGAGAUGGCAGCUGUCAGUCGGGAGUGUCUGCAGGGCCUGGAUUUCCUCCAUUCCAAGCGGGUGAUGCACAGGGAUCUGAAGAGCUCCAACAUCCUCCUGGGAAUGGACGGCUCUGUCAGGCUGGCUGAUUUUGGCCUCUGCGCUCAGCUCAGCCCUGAGCGGGACCGGCGCAGCUCCAUGGUGGGCACUGCUCACUGGAUGGCCCCAGAAGUUGUGACCAGAUCUCCUUAUGGCCCCAAGGUGGACAUCUGGGCCUUUGGCAUUGUGACCAUCGAGAUGGUGGAAGGAGAACCUCCUUACUUCAGGGAAACGGGGGCCAUGGCUCGCGCUCUGAUCCGGCAGAACGGGACCCCGCAGCUGCAGGAGCCCCGGCGCCUGUCGGCUCUGCUGCGGGACUUCCUCGAGUGCAGCCUGGAGCCGGACGAGGAGCGGCGCUGGGCUGCCCAGGAGCUGCUGCAGCACCCGUUUCUGUCAUCAGCCAAGCCUCUCUCCAGCCUGACCCCUCUGAUCACUGCAGCGAAGCAACUGAGGGAGCAGCAGAGGAGAUGAAGAACUUGAGGACAGCCUUUAAUUACAGUAGUUAGGAGAAC